AUGAAUCAUCAUGAUGAAAAUGAUAAUGGCAAUCAUUUUAGUAUCAUUCAACAUUUCAAAAAACUGUAUAAUUCUGCCCCUCCGGUAUUAAAUGAUACAAGGCUUAUUCCUAGAGGGAAAGUGGUACCUGAAAAUGCCAUUCCUUCAUUAGUUAGACCCGUUACCAAUGAAGAAAUUUAUCUGGCUGCUCCAAAUCGACACCUGGACCUGAUGUGCUAUUUGCCUAAUUGUGCCAAAGCUACUGUUAUAGCUCUUGUUCCUAAGAAAUCUCAUGUUGAAAAUAUUCAUGACUUCCGGCCUAUAUGUUUAUGCAACGUUUUUCACAAAAUUAUUGCUAAUAUUUUAGCAUGCCGUAUGAAAAUUAUUAUGCCUGGUAUCAUUGAGAAAAAUCAAUUUGCUUUUAUAUCUGAUAGGAUUGCUAUUGAUAAUCCGAUCCUGGCUAGGGAAAUUAUAAAUCUUUUCAAAAAGAAGAAUAAGAUGAAUCUCUUUUGUGCUAAAUAUGAUAUCAAGAAAGCCUUUGAUACUGUUUCAAGGAACUUUCUUUUUGCUCGUAUGGCUGAUAAGGGUUUUCCUAGUAUUUUCAUCAACUGGGUAAAAGCAUGUAUUAAUGAUAUUCAUUUUUCUAUUUGUCUGGACAGAUCUUUGGAUGUUUUUUUUUCAUCUUCCACGGGACUCAGACAGGGUUGUCCACUAAGUCCAUUUCUGUUUUGUAUAAUUAUGGAUGCUCUAUCUUGUCUCCUUGAGUAUAAUUCUGAGUCCAGUGGUUUUGAAGGCUUUAAUCUGAAUAAUUUUCAGCUAACUCACCUUGCUUAUGCUGAUGAUUUAUUGGUUUUUGGAAAGGCAGAUUCUAACAAUUGUGAGAAGCUUAAGAGGGUCAUUAAUUUGUUCUCUAUGCUCACGGGACUUCAUAUGAACCUGCAUAAGAGUUCUCUCAUUAUUUCCCCUAGUGUUUCUUGUCCUAAUGACAUUUCUAAUAUGCUUCAAAUUCAAAAUGUUUCUGAUAGGUUUAAUUACUUGGGUAUUCCUAUUACUUUGGGUCGGACUAAGGUGUCUGACUUUGCCCCUUUGAUAGAGAAAAUCAUCUCUUUACUGGCCGGUUGGAAGGCGAAGAUGCUUUCCUUUGCUGGGAUAAUGCAAUAUAUUAAAUACACUAUCACUAACACUGUGGCUUAUUGGAUUAGGAGCAUGACUUUGCCUAAAGUUAUUUACAAACAUAUUAGUAAGUCAUGCUCUAAUUUUCUUUAUCAUGGGGAGACUGAUGGCAGGAAACUACAUUUGAUUUCUUGGAAUAAUACGUGUAAACCGUAUUCGUAUGGUGGACUUGGUAUUGCUUCUUUACAAGCUUUAAAUUUUGCUUUUAAUUGCGGUAUUAUUAUGAGAUGCUAUAACACUAAUUCUCCUCUUGUUAAGUGGUGUCUUGCUAGAUAUAGCAGUCCUUGGAAACCUGCCACGAACACUGCAACUGCUUUCUGGAAAAAUAUUUGUAAUACGGCUGAAAUUGCAAGGGAGAAAUUCAUUUUUUCCAUUGGUAAUAACAGCCCAAUUUCUAUUUUAUGGGAUCAUUGGUGUUUAGGGGAAACAAUCCUUGAUAAAUUUCAUAAUUUUCCCUCUAACAUUGCGAAGAAUUCACAGUUAGCUAAUUGGAUUCAGCAAGAUGCUUGGAACAUCCCGGUCUUUGAGAACCCUUCCAUAAGGGAUUUUAUUCUGAAUAUUCCAAUUGUUCCUGAUAAUAAGUAUCAUAUUAGUUGGGACAGCAAUGGGAAUGCCAAAUUUAGGGACUUCUAUUUAUAUUAUUUUUCUAAUGAGGAACAAGUUGAUUGGCAUCAUAUGGUUUGGCAUAAGAAGCAUGCUUGGAGAUUUUCUGUUUACUCUUGGAUGGCUCUUAAAGGAGGGUUAAAAACAUGUGAUGUGUUAGCUUCGAGAAACAUUCACUUUUUAGAUAAAACAUGUUCUCUUUGUCACAAUAGUUUGGAGACCACUUCACAUAUUAUGUUCGAAUGUGAUUACUCUUUUAAAGUGCUCCAAAAUCUCAUACCUUCAUUUCAAACUUUUUAUUUCAGACCAACGAUUUUUUUAGCCUUUCAACAUAUUGAUAAUUUGGAUAAGCCCAAGAGCAUUAAAAAUGGCAUCCUCCUCAUUUUAAAUGCUGCUAUCUACUUCAUAUGGAUUGAAAGGAACAAUAGAAAGUUUAAGUCUAUUGCUUUAUGUUCUAAUUCUCUGACCAAGAAGAUCUCGAAAGCUGUUAUUAUCAAACUUCUGGGUUGGAAGAAUGGCAUUGAGAUAAAAGAAGUGUUGAAUCUGGUUUACUGA